AUGCAGGUCCAGUCAGUUCCUCUCGGCUCCGUUACCAUCGGACCGCAGUCUUGGCGCGAUGGCACGACUCGAUCCAUCCGGCGGGCGGAGCGCCUGGUGCGGCAGACCCGAGCGGGGCGGUCCGGGACCAGCAGCCGUCCUCGGACCUCUUGCGGCUCUGCAGGUUUGACUCCAGCGCGCACAGACGGCACAGCGGGAAAGGCCGAGGAUAAGAUUUCAAGCAAAGAAGAGUGUCCUGAUUGCAUCUGCAGAAAUAAGAUGUCUAGACCCCAAACUACUGGAUCGAUGUUCCCCAGUGGCUCCCAGAGGACAUUUGUGGCCCCGUUCCCUCCUACCAGCUUGCGUGAGCAGUGUGCCGGGGCCAGCAUGGCGGUGGCCGGUGAUUACAUGCGGACGGUGCGGGAAGUGGAGGGUCUGCUGCGAAGGCAAGCCAGCAGGGUGAGGGACGAGGGCAUCAAGUUGGAGAGGGAGAAAGUUCACCUGGAGAGGAUGCUGCGGAGCCUCCAAACCCAUCUGAACAUCAACAGGAGGAGCUCUGAGGGGAGGACCAGGAGGCCGUCUUCUGCGGAGACAGAGAGAGAUGGUGCUGAUUACUUGUUGCUGUGUGAGAGACGAGAGCUGGCCCAGUUGAAACAGGAUCUGGAGGGAGUGCUCAGAAACACACUGACCCAGCUACAGGCCCUGGGUCAGAGCAGCAGACAGCUGUUGGUUUGUGCCUGUGAGAGGGCUCGUGUCCUGGAGCUGCUGCCUCUCAGCGGCUCUGCUGGAAGACACCACAGCUCUGCAGAGACCUUCACCAAAACAGACCCUGUCAGCCCCUUUACACCAGAAUGCCAACAGGUUUUAGAGGAGUCCACUUUGACAGUCAACCAGUCACGGCUGCUGAGAGAAAACAUCAGACAGAUGCUCACCAGCGCCAUCCACAGGCAGAAAGCUGCACACUCGACCGUCAAUGAUGGUCUGGUGAAGAAAAUUGCAGAGACAAUCAGUUUGCAGCAAAACCUGACUUUGAUGUCUGCAGCCACCAGGCAGGCCAUGUUUCGUAAGCAGAGAGAAAUAAACUGUAUGCGUCACAGCCACGGCAGACUGCAGGGUCCAGAGUACAGCGGUGACGUACUGUCCAGAGAGAAACUCAACCGGCCUCUGGUGCAGGUUUAUCAGAGACACCCGGGGACACAGUUACCUGAGGCCGCUAAUCUCAUACAGGGCAGUGCAGUGCUGAGGCGAUGUCUCACCUCCUCAGAGGGGGAGCAGGCGAGGCUGCAGCGCGCCUUUCUGCAGCUGCUGAACGACCAACACGGCAAGAGAGCAGCGGCUCAGGUAGACGCAGCCGUCGUCCGCAUGAGGCAGCAGCAGGUGGACAAGCGGGCCAUGCCGACUUUUCUCCACCAGGGGGCGUGCUGAAGCCAGAUUACCUCCUCUUGUGUUCGUUAG